ACACGUUGCUGAGGCUGACGAGGAGUUUGAUGAGGAUGAUGAUGAUGAUGGCGGUGAUACAGGAGCAAGGCUGAGUUCGCUCUCCCUCUUCACUCUUCCCCUUUUUUACCCCCAGUCCAUUCCACUUUGGAGCGCCUACAUUUAAAUUCAAAGAUAGCGACGUGAAAGAAAAAGAUCGGGAAGACCUGCAGGAUUCACCGCCCUCCUGUCUCCUGAGCCGAGAUGGGGAACGAAGCGAGCAUGGAGGGCGGCGGGCAGCCCGGAGAGGCCGGGAUGAUGAGCUCCGUGCUGCCCGGAGGACACCCAGCGAGUACAGGGCCGGGAGGACAGCAACACAUGAAGCCCGUAAACGGUUCCGCUGCUGGUGGAGGGAUGGGAGUCGGAGGCCUCGGGAUGGGAAUGACAAGGGCUCCAGUGGGUCAGAUGGGUAGCUCCAAGCCUGGCAUGCAGCAAGGAGGGAUGGGAGGCAUUGGAGGAAUGGGCGGCAUGGGAGGUGGCAUGGGAGGCAACAUGGAAGGCAGCAUGGGAGGUGGCAUGGGAGGAAGCAUGGGAGGCGGGAUGGGAGGUGGCAUGGGAGGAGGAAUGGGAGCAGGGAUGGGAGGUGGAGGAGGAAUGGCCACAGGAGGAGGAAUAGGCUCUCGAAGCGGUGAGCCCUAUCGUCUGGCCACCCAUGACAAGCCGACCUCCCCCCGUCACAUACAGUCAAGCCAGGGCUCCGGCACGGGACAGGGCUCUGGCCAUGGAAUGAGUCAUGGUUCAGCAGGUUCCAACAUGGGAACCCACGCUGGACAGAGUCCUGGGCAACACGCCUCCCGUCGAAACCUCCAAGUCGACUUCAACAGUUCGGGUUGUUCCAGAACGGGCCGCUCUCCCUCUGUGUCACCGGACCGCGGUACGACGCCCACCUCGCCCUACUCGGUGCCACAGAUCGCGCCUAUGCCGAGAAGCAAACUGUGUCCGGUGUGCACCACCACAGAGCUCUCCAACCCACCAGCUGUGCCCAACUACAACACCUGCACCCAGUGUAAGGCCACCGUGUGUAACCAGUGUGGAUUCAACCCCAACCCACACCUCACUGAGGUCCAGGAAUGGCUGUGUCUCAACUGUCAGAUGCAGAGAGCUCUUGGCAUUGACAUGACCACGCCUCGUUCCAAGAGCCAACAACAGAUCCACUCUCCGUCACACCAAGCGAAACCCAUUGUCCAAACGCAGCAGGCUACACCUCAGUCAACAGAGCCGACGACUGCAGCACAGCCCAAACCUUUGGCCCAAAGCCAGCCCGCCCAGCAACAGCAGCAGCAACAGCAGCAGCAGCAACAGCCGCAGUCUCAACUUUAUGGCCAGAAUCAGCCCUACUCCCAAUCUCAGUCAUAUUCCCAGGCACAAACAUACCCCCAGUCACAGCCAUAUUCCCAGGCCCAGACAUAUCCUCAAUCCCAGCAGUAUCCCCAGUCCCAGCAAUAUCCCCAGAUUCAGGAGCAUCCUCAGUCCCAGCAGUAUCCACAGACUCAACAGUACCCGCAGUCACAGCAGUAUCCCCAGUCUCAACAGUACCCACAGUCCCAGCAGCAUCCCCAGUCCCAGCAGUAUCCCCAGUCCCAGCAGUUCCCCCAAUCUCAACAGUACCCCCAGUCCCAGCAGCAUCCCCAGCCCCAGCAGCAUCCCCAGUCCCAGCAGUAUCCCCAGUCGCAGCAGUACCCUCAGUCUCAGCAAUAUCCCCAGGCUCAGCCGCAGCCUUACACACAGUCCCAGUCUGGACCCCAGGCUCAGCAGCAGCCUUACACACAGUCCCAGUCUGGACCCCAGGCUCAGCAGCAACCUUACACACAGUCCCAGUCUGGACCGCAGGCUCAGCAGCAGCCUUACACACAGUCCCAGUCGGGACCCCAGGCUCAGCAGCAGCCUCACACACAAACCCAGUCUGGACCCCAGGCUCAGCAGCAGCCUUACACACAGUCCCAGUCUGGACCCCAGGCUCAGCAACAGCCUUACACACAGUCCCAGUCUGGACCCCAGGCUCAGCAACAGCCUUACCCGACAUCACAGUUUGGACCCCAGGGUCAGCAGCUGCAGCAGCAGCAGCCUUAUCCCCAGCCUCAGUCAGGACACCAGAGUCAGCAAUAUCCCCAUACUCAGCAGUUUCUCCCGGCUCAGCAGCAGCCUUAUCCACAGUCCCAGUCAGGGCCCCAGACUCAGCCUCUUAGUUCCCAAGGCUUACAGAGUUACCCGUCUUCUGGUGGCCCCCAGGGCCAGACAGGUCCCUCACAUCAGGGUAUGAGAGGUCCAGGAACUGGUGGAGGUUCAGCAGGCCUCAUUCAACCAGGGGGUCCACGAAUUCCCCAUCCUGGUGCUGUGCCUCUCCCAGGCUUAACUAAAGCACCCUCCCAACCUGAUUUGGGUCAUGGCUCUCCCAUGCACCAGUCCAUGGCACGGCACCAUGACCACACCCGAAGUGCUGGCUCCUCUCCAGCUCAUAAGCCCCAGAGUCAGGCCCACCCUCCAGCCCAGGACGGAUUGACCAAGCUGUUUGGCUUUGGGGCUUCCUUGCUCAAUCAGGCUAGCACCUUGAUCAAUGUUGACCCUUUACCCACCUCUUCUACCCAUCCCAGUCCUGCACGAGGCAAAGUGGUGUUCAGUAAUGCAACUCCUGACACCAAGCAGCAACAACAAGGUGCCUCACCUGCCAAACCAUUUGGAAUGGGGGCUUCUCGUGGUCCAACUCCAAUUGGUGGUCCUCAUGCACCGAGUCAAAUGGGUGGCCAACAUCCACCAAAUCAAAUGGGGGGUUCCCAUGCACCAAGCCAGGCGGUAGGUUUACAUGCACCAAAGCAACAGCAGCAGACCCUACCACAUCAACAAGGAAUGCCACAACAUCAGUUGCCCGUCCUUCUUCAGAAAGAUUCACAGCAAAGUCAAGGGCAGCAACAUCAGCAGGCACCAUCACAUGUGCAGAAGGUGGAACUAAAGAAGGAGCCUGUGAACGCUCCUGUCGCAGCUACGGAGCCAGUGAAGCCCAAAGUGAACUGUCCUCUUUGUAAAACAGAGUUGAACAUCGGCAGCUCCGACCCUCCCAACUACAACUCCUGUACGCAGUGCCACACUCAAGUGUGCAACCUGUGCGGCUUCAACCCUACGCCACACCUGGUGGAGAAAAAAGAAUGGCUAUGUCUCAACUGCCAAACACAGCGGCUAAUGUCUGGAGGUGGUCUUGAUGAGCCCCCUAUCCCCGUUCCCCACACAUCUCCCAAACAUCAGGCUUCUGGUUCUCCCCGCCACCAGGCAGCAACCGGUCAGCAAAGCCCUCUCCACAAAUCCACCAAUCAGCAGGGGUCCAAGGUAGCCCAGGCCCAGAUUCAGAAACCGCAGGCGGGAGGUGGCGGUAGCGAACCGUUUGGGCCCAGUGCUGCCAAACUGCCAACAGAUACAAAGACUGCAACGCCAGCUACAUCAACUGGACCAAUAACAGAGACCCAGAAGAAGACGAAAACCGUGGAUGAAAAGCCCAAGACAGAGCCUGAAACACAAACUGGCAAAGAGAGUAAACCUGCUCUGAAGAAAGGAGAGCAGAUAACACCAAUGAAGGAAAUUAAGAAGUCGAGGCAUUAUGAUGACACAAAAAAUAACAGCACACACGACUUGUCACGCAGUCCUCAAAGUCUCAGUGACACCGGCUACUCCUCCGACGGCAUCUCGAGCUCCCACAGUGAAAUCACUGGUCUAAUUCAAGAGGAGGAGAUGAAACUGAGUGAGAGGGGCAUCAGUGGGCGUGGCUCCCCGCCAAGCCCUUCCGAAAUCACAAAACUGGAAAGCUCCAUGAGGCCUUUGCUGGAAAAAAGCCUCUCUGAAGAAAAAGCAGACAGAAGGGGUAGGAAGCACAGGGAUAGAGACUUGGAUGACAGAGGGAAGCAGCGGCCCCGCUCUCUGUCAAUCCCACCUGAUGCAUAUGACUCAGACGAGGAGCUUGAGGACAUAUUGGAAGAAGAAGAGGAUGGGGGCGACUGGGAGGGCAAAUGGAAGGAAGGUAAGGAGGAAAAGAAGGAAAAGAAAAAGAAGGAAAAGGACGUGGAGCCCACGGAGAUGACCGAUGAAGAGUUCAUGAGGAGACAGAUAAUGGAGAUGAGUGCUGAUGAGGAAAAUGAUGAGGAGGAAGAGAUGGAGGAAGAUGAAGAUGAGGAAGAUGAAGGAUAUGGUUAUGAGAGAAAGAAAAGCCACCAUAAGCACACCAUAUCAGACACUGCAAAAGAGAAGCGGCGCCUACAGCAUCACUCCAGCAGUUUUGAGGAGGAAACAAAAAGCUCCACUGAUGUUUACAAGAGCUCAGUGGAAGAGGGUGAGGAAGACCUGAUGGCUUCACAAGGUGGUCUGAGGCGCUUUAAAACUAUUGAACUCAAUAACACAAACAGCUACAGCCGAGACAUGGAGCUCAGCAGUGAAAACGACUUGAGCCUUGAUCGAGAACCUGAACUAGAGAUGGAAAGCUUGACGGGCUCCCCUGAAGAGCGUUCCCGGGGUGACUACUCUUCCACUCUGCCACCAACUUCGUCCUCGUAUGGCUCAGGACAGUCUCCUACUUCUAUCUCAUCAAUGGAGGAAGACAGCGAUAGUAGCCCCAGCAGGAGACAAAGGCUGGAAGAGGCCAAGCAACAGAGAAAAGCAAGGCAUCGUUCUCAUGGCCCUCUCCUUCCUACAAUUGAAGAUUCAUCCGAAGAGGAUGAACUGAGAGAGGAAGAAGAACUUCUGAGAGAGCAGGAGAAGAUGAGGGAGGUGGAACAACAGAGAAUUAGGAGCACAGCACGCAAAACCAAACGAGAUAAAGAGGAGCUGAGGGCUCAAAGACGCAGAGAGAGGUCCAAGACACCACCUAGUAACCUCUCGCCUAUUGAAGAUGCUUCUCCAACAGAGGAGCUGAGGCAAGCUGCAGAAAUGGAAGAACUCCAUCGCUCCUCUGCCUCUGAAUACUCUCCUCAGAGUCUGGAUUCAGAAGCUGAGGGAUACGAGUCAAAACUUUACAAGUCAGGCAGUGAGUACAACCUUCCUAACUUUAUGUCCCUUUACUCACCAAUCGAAAAAUCUUCGACUACAACGACAACAAUAGCACCAUCGUCCACUUCCAAACCAUUAAAGAGUGCCGAGGAGGUUUAUGAGGAGAUGAUGAGGAAAGCAGAGUUACUUCAAAAACAACAGAAACUACAACAACAGCAGCAGCAAGUCAGACAUGGCCAGUACUAUGAGGAAGACAUUAAUGGACAAGGCUACGAUGACGAGUAUGAGUAUGAACAAGAUCAAACAGGAUAUGAUAAUGAAGCAGUCGAGACAGAAAGUGAUAUUUACAAGGAGAUUCGACAAACCUCUCAGAACAUCACAAAAAUGCAGCAGGCCACUGAUGAACAAGUAGAGAUUGAGAUUGAGAGCUCUUACCAAGACAAACAGUUUCUCGAUACAGGCUCAGCCUUUGCCAAGUUACUAGAACAAAGCAAUGCCCUUCUGACUCCAGGAACUAGCCCCACCCAGAUCUCUGCUCCUGUCUCCUUUGCUGAAACUGGAGGUCGCAUUCCAGACGUCAGAGUAACACAGCACUAUGCUGCAAAGGAUGGCUACAAAGAUAGAUUCAAAAGCCAAGCAGGGAAAAAUGGAAUCACCCCAACACCAGCUGCUACUACGAUUGCAGCUUAUGGAGUCUAUGCUAGAGAUGCUAUAACUAUUUCGCAAACAAGUACAAGCCCAACUAUGACGUCCACCCAGUCUGCUAUGUAUGGCCGACACACGGGAAGUCCUGCCACAUCUUCAGCUACAGUCUCAAGUGUAUGCAGCAAGAUUGCAGAGAUUACCCAGGCCUAUAGUCAAAGAGAGGUCAUCACCAGAAGAGUAGGGGACACUCGGAGUGCCCAAGUUCGAGAAAGCUCAACAUCUGCUACAGAGCGAAAUAUUGAGCCACGCUCUCCUAAGUAUACAACUUAUUACAGGAGCACCAGCCCUCCUCUUUCUCCAUCUCCACCUCCACAAAGUCCCACCCGUUCCCCUUCCAGGAGGGCUACAGCUGAGUUCUCCACACAAACUUUCAAUUCAGCACUACGAAUGGACUCGGGGGGUUCUGGGCCUACAUCUCCAGUUAUGGCUCAGGGAACCCAAACAUCACACAGAUCGGGUUCCCCACGGCUCUACCGGCAGCAGUCUUCCCAAGAUGCACCAUACUCGCCGCCUGCAAGUCCAGCUCGGCCAAUAACUGUCAACACGGCUACAUCCCCCCUGUCUUCACCUACACGCUUUUGCCGUCAACCAACAUUUGAUUCUUAUUCACCAUGUGGUAGUCCUCCAGAUACGCCACCUUACCAACACUCUCCUACACGCAGCUUCUACAGAACCCAAAGAAUAGAAAAGGUCAAUGUUGGAACAAGUAUGGUUACCACAGGCAGUACCUAUACGAGAGGAUCUGUUUCUAUGGAUAAUAUCUCCCUCUGCCGUAUAUCUACAGUCCCAGGGACAUCUAGGGUAGAGCAGGGUCAUAUGAUCCAAGGUGGAAGUGUUGUGGACCUCAGAACAGUCAACAAACCAGCUCCAAUCAUCAUGACCGAUCAAGGAAUGGACCUCACCUCUCUAGCCACUGAAUGCAGGAGAUACCAUGGUGGACCAGAGGGGAGCCGACAUUCAACAAUUGUACAGCCACUGAUUAUGAACCUGAAUGCCCAGGAGAGCAUCACACCAACCACUGUAAGUGUAACAGUGGCAGCUUCUAUGUUCAUGAGCCAGCCCAAACAACCAAUGGUCUAUGGCGAUCCCUAUCAAAAUAGAGUGGACUUAGGUCAGAGCAUGGGUUCAGCUGUGUGUUUUUCCCAGAACAAACCUCCACUAUCACCCCCAACUGACCCAUCAAUACCAAAAAUUGAUGCAAAACUUGAGGAUCUCAGUAUUCAACAAAAAGAACUACAAAAACAACAGGAGAAGUUGCAGAUGCAACAAGAGCUUCUAGAGCAGCAGCUGCAGCACCAUCACCAGAUGCAACAUCAACAGCAACAGGUAUCUGUUUUAGCCAGAUAUAACCUUUCUGGACAAGCCUCACCCUUGCUGAAAAAAGACUUGCUGGUUAGCCAGACUAGCAAUGCCUCAGCUGUAGUCAGUGCUGUAUCGCCAGUCAUCAACCCUGAGUUGUAUGGAACUGGGCCCAUUGAGCUAAAAGGCAAGCCCAGUCCUCCUGGUGUGAUUACAGGAGGGAAAUCACCACAUAGUAUGGUAGUACAGAUGGAUACGGGGCCAGAGCAGGCCAGGGCAGUGACCCAGCUUAUUAAAGUGGAAGAAGGACAGGAUGCUGUAGAUCUGACAGGAGGCCAGAUUAAAUCUGACAACCAACCAGCUUGCUGUGAUGUUUACCGACUUCCAUUUAGUGGAAGCUGUGUUGGUGGUUCUGAGAAAGAGGGCAUACGGCCUCCUUCUGCACCACCUCUGUCCUACGAUUCUGACCAAGAAAGGCAACCUGUAAGGUACCAUGAGUAUCCAAUGGAUGGCCGCAAGUCUUACACAUUGCCUUAUCCUGGUAGGCUUCAACCUUCAAUGUCUGAUACAAACCUGGCUGAGGCAGGACUACAGUCCUAUCAUUCUAAACUAGAACCACAUCUUCAAGGAGAUCUUACAGUGGAUCUAAAUGCAGUAAAGCAUGGUUAUGGAGGAUAUAUUGGAAUGCAGUAUGGCUCCUACACAGAUUUGCGACAUGGAGGGGACAUUUCUGCCCCGACAUUGCCAAUAAGGAGAUAUAAUUCCCUGUCUAACAUCAAUUCUGACUAUGGCUACUCUGCUCGUGAUAUUGCCAAUUUCCAGGAAGCUAAUUUGGCUCAGUACAGUGCCACAACUGCCAGAGAGAUCAGCCGAAUGUGUGCUGCACUGAAUUCCAUGGACCGGUAUGGGAGCAAUCCAGACUUGAUACAGUUUGGGAGUUUGGGAAGAGGAACCAGCUCAGCGACCUCAAGACUGUCAGCUGGCCUUGGUUUAAGACAAAAUCUGAUGUUUGGAUUAGAUGGAAAGCCAUUGUCCCACAACCAAGCACUGACCAACUUAAUCAAUGCCAGACAGGCAAGUCUCAGAGCGUUGUACCCUGCAGCCAUUAGGUCCUCUGAUGGGAUGAUCUACUCCACCAUCCAGACACCCAUUGCAUCUACUCUACCUAUUACAACACAACCUUCUUCUGUUCUUCGCCCACUACUCAGAGGUGUUUACAGGCCUUAUCCAUCUCCCAACAUGACACCUGUGCCCCUCUCUAGUCUCACCAGAUUGCCAAUGAGUCCCAGAAUGUCCUUAUCUGGUCAAGCGCCAAUCCGUUACCCCGGACCAGGUCUUCUCCAAAUGACAACCACUGCCACUAUUGCUGCUCCAAUAACAACCUCAACACCAGCCAGUGCCCCAGUACCUGUUCCAAUGACAGCUACACCCUCUACAGUCCAAGAUGAACCAGUUUACCUUGGUAAGGGUGCUAAUGUAACCUCUUCCUCGGCAGAGGUCACCUCAGUGCCAGGAGCACAUGUGAUCCCAACUGAAACACAACAGCAACCACUAAACAUGUCCCAAGCCCACCUGAACAGUCAACAACAGCAACAACCAACAACUGCUCAGUGUUAUACAUCAGUAGGCCCUCCUGCUUCCUCAAGUGGUUUACCAGUCCAAGGGGGUCUACCACCAUUCCCCCCACCAGGUGCUAUACACAAAGAGGGUGAAACUGAAGCAGAAAGGUUACAUCGACAGCAAGAGCAGCUCCUCCAGAUGGAAAGGGAGCGUGUAGAGCUAGAGAAACUCCGGCAAUUGCGCUUGCAGGAGGAGUUGGAACGGGAAAGGAUGGAGCUGAAAUUGCACAGGGAAAAGGAGCAGAUCCUGGUGCAGAGAGAAUUGCACGAGCUGCAGAACAUCAAGGAACAGAAGAAGCAGUUGAAAAUCUUUCAAGUUUACUCUGUUCAACAGGUUUUACAACAACAGCAACAAGAGCGAGAGAAACAGCUUGUGGUCCAGAGGGAACAGCUCGCCCAGCAGAAGUCCCAGCUAGACCAGAUCCAGUCCCUACAGCAACAGCUCCAGCAGCAGCUUGAAGAACAAAAGCGUCAAAAAACCGCUGCAGCCCAAAACAUGCAGAUGGACGUGAAUGGACAGCCUCUCCAUCCUUACACUGACCCUCAAAUUGGAUCCCAUUCCCUCCCAAACUCUUCCUCAGAGAUGUGUCUGAGGAUUCACGAUGAGCACACUGAGACUAGAAGCAACAUGAGGAAACACAGCUCUAUGACCAGGCUGAGCAGAGACAGCUUAGACGGAGAAGGCGUGGUCUUCCAUGUCUCCCCGCGCAGGAACGUGGACAGUUGUGUACAAACAGAUGACGAAGAUGGGGAGGAGAGGUACAUGAUGCGUCAUCGAACCAGGAGGCGUGGACGUAGCGUGGACUGCUCAGUUCAGACAGAUGAUGAUGAGGACAAAGCUGAAACAGGACAGCCAGUGCGCAGACGACGUUCACGUUACUCUCGACAUUCUGAAUCCAGCACCACUGGCAGUGGUACUACCACAACCACGGCAAGCACUGUCUCCAAAACCAACACCUCCAAGAUGAUAUCAUCCAGUAUAGCUGUCCAAACCAUCAGGGAAAUGUCUUGCCAGACCGAAGUAGAGCACCUUGGAAGGGUCUCCCCUGCGAUCCAUGUGACAUUACCAGACCCAAAUAAAGUAGAGAUUGUGCAUUAUAUAUCAGGACCAGAACGAACCAAAAAGGGACAGUCACUAGCAUGCCAGACUGAACCAGAAGCCCAGUCACAAGGUGUUGUCGCUCCCCAGCUCAGCAUACCAACCACAGUCAGCCCCUAUUCUUCCUCCGCCAGCUGUGGAACCCAGCAAUCAGGUUCUGCUGACAUUUCCACACAGCAGCGCCAGCAGCAGCAUAUCACAGCAAACGCUGCCAAAUUUGAGCGCCGCCGUCCUGACCCGCUCGACAUUAACUACCAGCCUCACAAUCACCUACACAACGAGUCGAUCUCCAGCAUCAUCCGGCAGCAACAGACAGUUCCGAAAUCCCCACAGGUCCUCUACUCUCCCGUCUCGCCUGUGUCCCCUCAUCGCUUGUUGGAGAAUUCUCUAUCCAGUGAAAGGCUGAACAAGGCCCAUGUAACACCUCAGCAGAAGUCAUACACCGCCGAGUCCCCACAGCGACAUCCCUCUGUGCCCAGACCAAUGAAGACCACACAAAGGUCCAUGUCAGACCCCAAAUCUCUUAGUCCCACUGCCGAUGAGCACACCAGGGCUAGACUGUCCCUGUAUCAACAACAAGCACUGCAGAGCCAGCUGGCAGCCCUUCAGCAAAGCUCGCUGCUCCGUAAAGUCAAGAGAACCCUGCCAAGCCCGCCUCCAGAAGAAACGACUACAUCGGUUCAUCUGCCUCUGAUGACGCCUGCCCUCCAACAGGUCUACUUGCCAUCCGUGCCCAGCCUCAAGCCCAGCUCCAGGUCUGGCCUAGCUGCCAAAGCCAGCCUUCUCAAAGACCUCACCCAUGAGCUGAAGGCUGUAGAGCAAGAAUCAACUAAACUGAGAAAGCAGCAAGCUGAGCUGGAGGAAGAGGAGAAAGAGAUUGAUGCUAAGCUGAGAUACCUCGAGCUGGGGAUCCACCAAAGGAAAGAGACACUAGUCAAGGAGAGGGAGAGGAGGGAUAUUGCUUAUCUUCGGUGCAUGGGUGACACUCGGGACUAUAUGUCUGAUAGUGAAUUAAAUAACCUACGAUUAGCAGCUGCAGCUGCAUCACAUGAGACCAAUGGACUACUGACAAGACCAAGUACUGCUCCUCUGAGCCAGUUCAACAACGAUCUGAACACAGCAGCCCAAUACCCACCCACAUCAUCUUUCCUUUCCUCUCAAUACCCCCAGAGCCAACCAGCAGCCCCCACUCAAUCAAAUUUGCCCUACCAGUCCUCAACAUUUAACCAGCCUCCUUACCCAACAGUAUCUCAGUCCCAGGCACUGCCACAACCGACUCCCCUCCAGAGCCAUGUUCACCCUUCAGGACCAUCAUACCAAUCUCAAACAUCAUACUCUUCCCACACAUAUCCCCAAACUCAACCCCCAUACCCCCAAACAGACAUCGGGUUGCCAACCGCACCGCAACCUCAGCCUCAACCAGGGCACACAGGUUUUGGCCCUGCACCACCUGGUCAGCCCCCAUACCCCACCCACAGCUCACCGUAUCCAAGUGCUGUGUCCUCUUACCCCAGCCAGAGCACCCCUUACCCUGGGCAGCCCCAAACAGAUAUUUUGACAGUGCACCAUGGAAGGCCCAGGCAGACGUCGCUGGCCGAUUUGGAGCAUAAAAUGCCCACUAAUUACGAGACAAUCAGCAACCCUACAGUUGUGGUUACCACCACGGCACAGGACAGCACCUAUUCCAGUUCAGCCCCCUCAUAUGGUCAGUACACUGGAACGACAACCAUGGCCAGCUAUGGACCCUAUGGCUCAGCACCGGUGUCCAGCAGUUAUGGUGGGUUCGCUACCAUGCCACCUAGUACUUACGGACAGUAUACAUCAACCACAAUUAGUUCGUAUGGCCAGUACACCACAACCACUGCUAAUGCAUAUUCCUACACAACAACAACAGCCAGCUCAUAUGGACAGUAUACAGCAACAGUUUCCAACGCUUAUGGGCAUGCUGGGGAUAGUCCAUCCACCUACAGCACAGCAGAAGGGAUGUAUGGGGCACCUGGCUUAGAACAAAACAUCCCAAGGAACUACAUGAUGAUUGAUGAUGUAAGUGAGCUGACGGCAAAAAACGGGCUGGGCACGACAACAGUGGACAUGAUGCAUCACGGCGGCACUGGACGUUAUCCUGGCGACACCCAUGGGCACAGCAGCACCAUUGGCAGCACGACGCGUGGGGGAACUGGCAGCUCCAUGUAUGGCAGGGCACCCGAGGAGGAAGCAGCGAUGCAGGAAGAAUUGUACGACCACCAUGGCAGGGGUAAGAGCAGCUACAGGCACGGACCUCUAGGGGGCAGCAGCAGCGUGAGCACUAGCUUGGGUGGGGGAUCCUCCUAUUACUAUGACUAUGACUACAAACACGACAGCUUCCGUUCUGGUGUGCAGAAAUCUUCGUCCCCCAGAAGCCUUCUGGCUCCUGCUGUCAUGUCCACCAAACGCAGCAAGCACAGGAAACUUGGCAGUAUGGAGCAGAAAAUCUCCAAAUUCUCUCCUAUUGAGGAGGCACGGGAUGUUGAGGCAGAUCUGGCCUCCUACUCUUCAGCAGCUGGUGGGGGUUACUCCUCCGCCCACAUUCGGGGACGUCAGCUGAUAGAGGACUACGGCUUUAAGAGGAGUACAUACGACGCUGGAAGUGGCACCACCCAUAGUAGUCGAUACUAUGGCUCAUUGGGGGAGGAGGAUGAUCGGAUUUACUACACUUCUACUGGCCGCUCCCGCUCCACCGGCUAUGGCAUGGACAAGAUCACAGCCAGAGACUACUCUGGGUACCGCAGCAGAUCCUAUGAGAGGGAUGACCGCUCCUACCGAUGUGGCUACAGCCGUGGGCGGCACCCAACCAGGCAAUACUCUGAAGAAGAGAGCCCACUCAGUCCCCUGGGGAGACUCAUGAGCUCCGGGCGAUCAUCAAGCUUAGGUCCCGACCCCUACGACAGUCGCAGCAGUAGAUACCAUUACUAUUAUGGCCAAUAUGGUUCCAGUCACUCUCUGCCAGAUGUGCAAGACCACAUUCGAGACCUACCCCGGACCCAUGUCUACAAGUCGGAUGAUACGUACUUAAUAGACGAUUAUCAUUGUGCUGUGUCAGACAGUGAAGCCUACCAUCUGGGCCAGGAAGAGACAGACUGGUUUGAGAAGCCACGCUCCAGUUCUCGCCACUACGGCAGCAGCCACUCAUCUGGAAGGAGUCGCCACGGUGUCAAACAUACCUAUCAUGAUUAUGACGAGCCUCCUGAGGAGGACCUGUGGCCCCAGGAUGAGUAUGGCCAUGGAGGACGUCACUCUUCGUCCCGUGACCAUCGGCACCAUGGAAGCUCUAGUCGACACUCGUCCUCAUCACGUCAUUCAGAUGAACCAAGGUCUUCUCGGUCAUCUAAGGGCCACCCAAAGGACACGUCUAUGCGGCAUGACCCUUCGGGGCGGUCUUCAUCAUCAGGAAGACGUGGAGAUUCAAGGUCCGGGGGCUACCACUCAUCAGACUACUCUCGGGAUUCGUCUGGUCACCAUCAUAGCCAGAGAUCCUCCAGGCAAGGGGAUCCACAUCGCUCGUCACGCAGCAAGUCUCAGCAACAAGUGGACAUGCAGGGCCAGGCACCGGGUGCCCCUAGGUCUGGCACCUCUUCAAGAGGUCAGGGCCCCACUGGUGGUACUACGGGAUCCGGGCGACAGAGUGGUCAAGUUUCCCAGAAUGACGCCGCCCAAGGACAGAGGGCUCAGCUCCAACAGCAAGCCCAGACUUCCACAGUCAGACCAGGGCAGCAAGGGACCCCAACCACCACGAGUGCUCAGCAGCCCCCAGCCCAGGGACAAAGCAUGGGGCUGGGGCCGGGCCAGGCCAAGCCUGGUCAAAUGGGAGCAGCGAGUGGACCUAUGGGUCAGGCCAGACAGAUGGGUCCAACAGGAACGACAUCUACCCCUAUGGCCAAGAUUGAAACACCUCCGGCAACAGCCAUUGGAGCAAAAGCAGCACCUGUAAUGGCCUCAAAAGGAGCUCAACCUCCACUCACAGGCAUAGGCUCCAAAGCUGCUCCUAGGCCAGGAGGGAUUGGCAGUGCAGCAGCAGGUCAGCCGGGCAUGGAGGGAGAUAGCAUGUUGUCCAAGAUCCUGCCUGGAGGAGCUGCUGAGCAGGCCGGAAAACUGGGAGAAGCUAUAUCCGGUUUUGGUAAAAAGUUCACCUCUUUCUUCUAAAGUGCUACGUUUAAGGACUAUGGAAAAACACAAAGCCAUGAGACCUUGUACCAGAAAAACCUGUGAUGUUCCUCUGUUUUUGAAUUCCCUGCGAGAGAGACAGGAGAGAGAGAGUGCUGAGUGAAGCACCAAGCAUGUUGAUAUUCCAAACUGUCACUGGACACCAUGAGGCUCUCCCAACCAGCUCUCCCUCCUUCGUUUUUAUGAAAAAAGCGUGAACUGGCGGCUGAAACAUUUGUUUUGAUGCUCUCCCUUCAGUGCUUUAGUCACUACUUCAUCAACUGGGAUCAAGAGCUGAGCAAGGAGAACAUUAAAAGAGGGAUGCGCCACUACGCGCGUAUGCAGACGCCAUCAUUUGCUGCUUUUUGCUUGUCAGCAGCGUAAGGGACCAGGUCGGGAUGCCCGUGCUGAAUUGAGAAAUAACUCAGCUCUAUUCUCUCUCUAUUCCAAGGAAAUUUGAGGAGCGAGGAACAUGAUGGUGAUACUGCAGGUUUUUCUGGUACCGAAGACCUCUUGUUUCUUCCUGUCAAAUUCAAGAGAAUGCAUCACGAGACAACGAUGUCGGUGGGCGUUUCUUUCCACAGUUUCUAUCCACAUUCCAGUUUACUCCUCCUCCUCUUCUUCUUCACUUUCCUGAAUGCCGAUUCUGUUUUCUAAAAGUCCAACACUCCUCAAUUUGUCUUUAAUGAUGUAAAACAUUAGAGGGAGAAAACAAUAACAUUAACAAUAAUAAUAAUAAUACGUAGGACGUUGGAAUGCAUGGAACUUUAUAUCCCCAAGACCUUUACACUGUUCAUCAUCACUAAACGGAGGCCAUAAAGACACGGCGAAAUGCAUUGAAGCGGGAAUGAGGAAAGAAGUGACACGAAGGAAGCGAGUGUAUUGUUUUAUGUAAAAAAAUUAUAUUAGUUUUAUGUAAAUUUAUUUAUAUAUAAUCUGUUGGUGUUACGAGGGAAGCCUAAUGUGGUCUGGUUGUUUUCAGGCAUUACCAAGCCAUUAGGACAUUUAACUUCAAUACUUUUUUUUUUUUUUUUACCAACUGUGAUAUAAUUCCCAUUUCUUUUUUACGUGUGUGCAGUGUUUUUUAUUUCUUUUUUUUUUUAAUUUGCCAGCAGGCCUUAAUUAUGUUUUAUUUUGAAGUGAAAUUAUGUUUUAUUUUGAAGUGAAAGUGGACUAUUUUUUUAUUACAAACAUACCUUUCUUCAUGGAGAUUAGUUUAUAUUUUUAUCGUUCUUUUCUAUUGUUCCAGUAAUUGUUUUGUAACGCUUUGCUCCAGUCACAGAGCCCCUGCUGAUUUCUUUUUUACACCCAUAGAAUUGUGACAUAUAGAAGCAAUAGAGUGAGAGUUGAGACAGUCAAGAGCACAAUUGUGUGUGGUCAAGUAGAAAUGUGUUGCCUUCGUCUGUCUAACUUGCCAAUGAUGUAAUGCUCAUCAAUCAUGCAGUGCAAAGCAAAAGUCCUGGGCCACAAUUAGAUACACAAAUGUAUGAAAUUUGGAUUUAUAGUGAUUUUUUAAAUAUAUUUUGAUUUUUUUUUGGGCUAACUGCAGUAGUACAGUAGUAGUUAGUGGCUAACGUGUUUUUAGCAAAGUGACUCAGGAGACGAUCGAUCUCCAUCAAGGCGGAACUGUAAAAUGCAGUGCUGUAUUUUUAAUCUUUAUUCAUCUGUUAGCCUGCAGGUUACUUCCUGGUUCAUGGCAGGGCAGGACAAUGAAUGCAUACAGAAUACAGUGGAACCUCUGAAGUUGAAUACAAUCCGUUCAUUGAUGCCAGCUGACUUCCAAGUUGUUCUAAUUGAAAAACAAAUGUCCCCAGUCAGAGGUAAAAGUGAAGUAAUCUGUUCUAAAACCUUAUAUUUAAAAUCUUAAGCGUAUCCACUGGAGCAAAACAUAACGUUUAAUACAACGGAAUCAAAUUUCAAAUAAAAUGGUUGAAAUGUUGAACUCCAAAUUGUAUGACUUUGAAGAGAAUGUGACACAGGUUCCACUAGUGCUGUAUCUGCACAUUUAUCCAGAGGGAAUGGGCAAACCUGCUAACUGCUCUUUUACUAUGUCCAGAUGACUGCUGUGGAAAAGGUCACAAAAAAAAAACAAAGCUAGUGGUGGCCUAAGACUUUUGCACAUGACUGUAACUCCCUAAUGUUGUACUAAGGCUGUGGCUUAUUAAUAUUGUAUACAGUGCAGGAAGGCAGCAGCUUACAAUAGCAAGACCACCCAGCGCCCAGAUACUCUUUGACCAAUAAUAUUGGGACGUCCUAGCCAGGAGUCGUUAUUGGAGCCCAGAGCAUUGCAGGGUAUCACACCACCCUGGACUUGGCAUCAUCACUGGGGAAUCUCCCAGCUGAACACAUCAUCAUCAUCAUCAUCAUGUGUCAGCGUUCGUCUUCACUCAAGUGCACGCUGCACAUGAAAGCACACUUUAAAAUAGUGUCAAGAAGAAAAAAACAAGGAACCAGAAAUCCCUUCAAUUUUUUUUUUUACACUCUUGUUUUCUAUCACCCCCGACUGACCUGCGACCUCUCUCAGCUGUCAUGGAAACUACUCAGGUCAGUGUUCACCCCUUGCUGAUGAUGCUCCUGCAGUGCAUUGUGGGAUCUGUGCUUUGCUACUUCAUACAACAAUGUGCAGUACUGUCAAAGCCAAACAUGAUAAGCAGAGACAAUUCUGUUGUAUAUUGUCUACAUAUAAAUGCUCACCGGGGACCUUCGCAUGCUGCCCGGCGUCAACUAAAGAAGAAAAAACCUCCAAGUCACCUCUAUAUUGUUCUGUUCCUAAUGUUUGUAUGUUUGUAUGAAUGGGCAGUUCUGUAUGUAUGUGUCAAUGAAAAGAAAACAGUUCAAUCAACAGCCACAAGUAUGGCGGGCCGGGCUACAAGGCAGACCUCUCAUUUCCACUCGUUCUAUGCAAUGAAUCGCAUUUGGAGGAAAAAAAAAAAAAAAACGACAAAUAUGACCAAGAAAUGAGGCGAAUCGUGGGUGCAAAGUCACAAUCAUUUGCUGUCAUGCUGUUUUGACAUUUUUCAUAUAGAGCAACAUAAACCGGGGUCGUUUAUUCGUGUUAAUGAGGAAGAAUGGUUAUUGGUUGGUUUAGGGUGUGUUCAUAUCUGCUGGGAAACGGGGAGCUUUGUGGCUUUAAAGUUGAAAACAAAAGGCACUGGUGAUAGCAGAACACAGUCAUUGUUGGUAAGGGAUAACUUAGUUGAGAGACUUAUUCAGAGAGAUAGUCAUAUAUACUGUAUGUAUAUAUAUAUAUAUAUAUAUAUAUAUAUAUAUAUAUAUAUAUAUAUAUAUAUAAAAUACUGUAUACAGAUUACAGCAGGGGUGUGGAAUCUUUUUCCGAAAGUCUUGUGAGAUUUGUAACUCAACAAAAAAAGCUGCACCUAUUGAACAGAUCAUUAUUAUUAUUAUUAUGUAUAAUGAAUUACUUGUGGUGUUGUGUUUUUAGAACUGCAUCACGGGCCAAAUCUGAUGCCCUCACUAGCUAGAUUUGGGCCACAGGCUGCAUGUUUCCAACCCCUGGGUUGCAGGAUAUCUUCUACUCAGGGGCUGAUGGCUCUAGCUCAAAAUACAACAUAGUGAUCAGCUGCCUGAAUGUUUACUUCUUUCAGAUAUGUUUAAUAGAUAUAACAUAUAUGAUAUAGAAUUUAUAGAAAGAAUACGUAUUACUGCAGGCCAAUAGUCAAAUAAUGACAGUAAUAUAGGAGAAAAAAACAACACCAUAUCGUAUUCUGUUUUGAGUACAAAUCAGUAAGAUGCCACAAAACACAAAUAAAAUAACUAUUUUUUUGUGCAAUAUUAAUGUAAUUAUUAAACAUUUUAUUUUAUAAAAAUGAAGAAAAAUAUAUAGCCGGUAACAAGCAAGGUGAGAGUGUUUUAGCAUUUAAAAAAAAAAUGUUAUGGUGGAAAAUAUGUUUAUUAACUAUAGCCUCAUGGUGGGGAAUUCUAAUAAGACAAAACAAUUGUUUUACUUUACUUAUCUCUGUAUGGCUUCUGAUAAUUACAUUUUUGCUAAUUUCACCGCCAUUAACAUUUACUAGUCCUAUCUAAAUGUCUAAAUCUGAACUCAAGGUGACUUAAUUAUGCAUAAAGCAGAAGGGCUUUUAUCCUGUAAUAUGAGUUAUUGAAGAAAGCCAUCGAACCUAUUGUGCUAUCUGUGCACUCUGUGUCUAUUUCUAGAAAUAGUAAUAGACUUCACUAGAGACCGCGAGUGGGUGAAUUCACCAGUCCGCACGUUUUAAGCACAAAUGUAAACAAGCAUUAUAUAAUGGAGAUUAAAUCUACUUAAGAUAAGACAAAGCGCUAACAUUCUCCUUGCACCUUUAAACUGUGUUUUAAAGUGGAAAGUGUUGGUAAAAUAGAAAAGAAAGAAUCAUUUUGGAUUAUUUAUUAUCGUUUGAGGCCCUGAGAGGACACUAAGUCUUCUUUUUCCAUUUAUAAGUGUGCUAGCCUCAGCAAUAAUUGACCAGUUUGUCUUAUAUGUUAACAUUUGUGAAUGUACUGUACUUAAAUUGAAAUAGAAUUUAAUUUUCCCAAAAAUGUUACAGCAAUGAAAAAGACAAAUAUUAUAUGUUGUGCAUUUAAAUUGUAUUUUUAAUAAUUGUACUUAUUUUACAGCCAUGAAAAAAGAAAAAUGUAAAUGUUGUGUACUUGAAUAUUUUCCCCCUAAUUUUUAAGAAUUAUAAAUAUUGUGCAUGAUUUCAUUUUUUUUCUUCACAAAUUCUACAGCCAUUAAGCAAUAUAUAUAUAUAUAUAUAUAUAUAUAUAUAUAUAUACACACAUUUUUUUUUUUUUUUUAAUUUUAUCCAGAACACAAUUAGAUUUUUCGGAUUUCAAAAAAUGGAGCUACAACUAAAAUCUUUUAAACAGCCAUUAAAAGCAUCACAUACUGUUUGUAAAUGUUGCACUUUCAAGUUAAUAUUGGGCGGUAAUUUUAGAGCCAGAUAAAGGUGAAAAACACCAAUGCUGUCCAACAGAAAUUUGCAAUAAAAUGUCGUUUUAUUAUUUGUCCCCGUAAUUUGACAGUGAUGAAAUCGAAAAAGAAAUGUGUUGCGCAGAGGUUUUGUGUAUGUUGUCCAAACCAAAAAAGGUAGCAUUCAGGUGUACAGUACGUAGGACAGUGACCACCAUCGCUGUUUUAGCCAGAUAUAUCUUAAAGUGAAAAAUAUACGUACACAAAUAAAGAUAUAUAUGAAAAUACAUUUAAGAUGAGAAAGACAAAGUACGAGAGUAAACGGCUAUAAAAUCAUUUUUGGUUUGUAAUCAUUAAAGGAAAAUUGCAUGCAUGGACUGACACCUGUCCCCACCCAUCCAAGCCCCUCCCUUUGAGCUUUCGAGCCUCGUUGACAUUCCACCUCGGGCUGCCAGGUUUUUUCUCUUUUACUGUAUUCUUAUAAGUUUUUCCUGAAUGGAAAUAGCAGACGAGAGCUGCCCACUUUAGACAACAACAUGACAGAUCUUGUUCUUUUCAACAUGUGUCAGCAGCAGCCAUAUUAACACACAUGCACAUACACAUAGGCGCGAGCGGGGGGCCUUUUGCACACCACACGGCAACACAAGCUGGACCGUAUGCAAGCCUGAGCCUCCUUAUACCGCAACAUGUGCUUUUUUGUGUAUAAAAACUACUUAACCAACAACAAGAGCUCACUUGAAUGAUAGCAGACAAUAAUUUGCAUCGUGCGUGUGGCUGGCUCGUGCCGACUGUUUUAAAAUCAUUUAAAAAAAUCGUAAUCUGAUAUAAAGAAAAGAAAAACAUGUUGGUCUGUGUGGAGUUUCUAUAAAUGUUGUGUUUGUAAAAUGAGAUGCCAUCAAAAACAAGACGUCGGGGAUUUUUUUGUGGCUUCCAUGUAAAUUUUCAGGGAGGGGCGGGGCAGGUGAUAUAUGGGGGCCCUGAAAUGGACAGUACGUUUAAAAAUAUGAACAAUAAUAAUAAAAAAAAGAGGGUGGAGAUGAAAAAAUGAGCCUAAUAAUGACAACAAAGUGUUCAAUUCACUGUUGUAAGUGCAAUGAGCUAAACUUCCUGUUCUCCCCGUAAAACCUUGUGUAUGUUUCUGUGUGUUCCUCCUGUAAAUGGGUGUAGUAGACUUGGUGCAUCAUGCCAUGUAAUGUGAUGAAUGACAAAUUAUGACCUUCAAAAUACAUUGCAAUCAGGAAAAAUAAAAAAAAUACAUAAGAAA